AUGAAGAUUCCCAUCCUCCUCUCCCUCUCCUCCCUCUCCUCCCUCUCCUCCCUCGCCGUCGCCGUCGCCCUCGCCAUCCCUCCCCCCCUGCACGCCCGCCAGGACCCAAAACCCCUCGAUCUCGAUCUCGACCUCGACCUCGGCCGCGAUGUCAAGGGCCUGAUCGCGCAUUCGCCCGUCAGCGCCGUGGUCGGCAUGAUCAAGGAUGAGGUGAAAAGUCAUGGUGGUGGUGGUGGUGAUGGGGAUGGGUUUAUAGAAGAUGGAUUCUGA